AUGCGGAGCGCGCCGAGCGGAUGUGCGGUGCUCCGCGUCCUGGUCUUGGCCGGCCUGUGGCUGGCGGUGGCGGGGCGCCCCAUGGCCCGGCGGUCUCUCGCCCUGUCGGACCAGGGGCCGCACUUGUACUACGGCUGGGACCAGCCGAUCCGCCUUCGGCACCUGUACGCCGCGGGCCCCUACGGCCGCUCGCGCUGCUUCCUGCGCAUUCACACGGACGGCGCGGUGGACUGCGUCGAGGAACAGAGCGAGCACUGCUUGCUGGAGAUCAGAGCAGUAGCUCUGGAGACCGUGGCCAUCAAGGACAUAAACAGCGUCCGGUACCUGUGCAUGGGCCCUGAUGGCAGGAUGCGGGGGCUGCCCUGGUACUCGGAAGAAGACUGCGCCUUCAAAGAGGAGAUCAGCUACCCAGGCUACAGCGUGUACCGCUCCCAGAAGCACCACCUCCCGAUCGUCCUGAGCAGUGUGAAGCAGAGGCAGCAGUACCAGAGCAAGGGUGUGGUGCCCCUGUCCUACUUCCUGCCCAUGCUGCCCAAGGCCUCGGCAGAACCCGGUGACGAGGGGGAAUCCAGUGUGUUCUCGCUGCCCCUGAAGACAGACAGCAUGGACCCGUUUGGGAUGGCCAGUGAGAUGGGGUUGGUAAAGAGUCCCAGCUUUCAGAAGUAACCAGAGCUCCAAGGGUGCUUCUGCAGGAAUAGUCCUGAGACCCUGUUUGGUUUAGCUUUAGGAAGAAACCUUAGAAGUUGUAUAUAUUCCAAGUUUUAUAUUGGCUGUGCCAGUUUUCUAGCAGAUAGACUUGUCUGAUCAUAAAAUUGUAAGCCUUCCACCUGUCUGGCUGCUAUCCAAGCC